AUGGACGAUGCCGCUGUGAAUGAUGCCGCUGUGAACGUGAUGGUUCUCAGCCCUGGCUCGUGUCCAGCUCCCCAGACGCCCCUGUCGUGGCCUUAUGGGCUCCUCAGCCUUUCUCUGGACCCUGGGGACAACACAGCUCAGAGGGAACCUGCAGGGGCACAAAGCCGCUCCUGGAUCUCAGGCCCUUUUCUCCGAGCCACCUCCCUGUGCCUCCUCCCGCUGGACGCCGCGGCGGGCAGCCUACGACUCAGCCCGGCCCCUGCCUGGACCCGCCACUCCCGCUCCCCACACAGCGGGUCCCUAGGGGUGUUGAGGCCCGAGGUCACCGUCGUGAGGCUGCAUGACUCUGGAGGGGCAGGAGGGGCUGGUGGAUACCACCGGGGCCCCCUCCCCGGUGUGGGCCUAGGCCUGCAGCCUCCCAGCUCUGAUUCCGGGAAGGCUGCAGCUCAGGGUGUGGGGGAGUCCUGGGGGCCCUGCCACAGCGCUCCGCAGAGGAGGCAGAAGGUUUUGUUGACGGGAGAGGUUCCCGUUUACGGACCCCGGAGCCAGCUCAGCAGCUGUGAGGACCAGCCUCCCCGCCCCCGCUCCUCCCGGGGUGUCGUCUGCAGGGGCCCACAGGACAGGCAUCCGUCCCCAGACACGGCGCUACGGGGGUAUCAGGGACCGCCUGCACCCCUCCCCCCCGGUCCUCGGUGCCCCCCCCCCGUGGGGGCGGAUGCUGCGGGGACGCGGCGCGGGCGGGGCAGCGGCGCGCGGCUCUACUCGGAGGAAUACGGCGGCCUGGGCGGCUUCCCGCCGGUGAAUGAGCCGCCGCGCUGCGCCGUAUUGAACGCGGCCGGAGCCUCGGCGCCCAGACCCCGGAGUGUCCGCCGGACAGCAUCCAGCCUCCGGCCGCCCCAACCCGGGCAGAGCCUGCUGAAGGCGGCCACGCGGCACGUGAUCCAGGUCGAGAGCGCCGAGGACUGGCCGGCGGAGGAGGCCGCCGACGCCGCCCCCCAGGCGCAGGGCGCCAUGGCGCUGCCCUCGGUGCCCAAGGCGCAGACGGCCUACGGCUUCGCCACGCUGGCCGAGAGCCCGCACACGCGGCGCAAGGAGUCCCUGUUCCACAGCGAGCACGGGGCCCUGGCCCAGGUGGGCUCCCCGCGCGCCGCGCGCCGGCCGGGGGGCGACGGGGCCCUCGGGAGCCCCAGCCGCUGCGUCAGCGGCGGGGAGAGCGACACGGGGUCCUCGGCCGAGUCCUCCCCCUUCGGGUCGCCCCUGCUCUCGCGCUCCGUGUCGCUGCUCAAAGGCUUCGCCCAGGACAGCCAGGCCAAGGUGAGCCAGCUCAAGCACUCGGUGGGCCGGCACAGCUCCCUCUCCGCCGACGACAGCACGCCGGACACCAGCCCCGGCGCGCGGCGCCGCCUGACCCGCAGGGCCGCCCCCGAGCCCGGCCCCGAGCCCGGCGCGCCCCGCGCGGAGCACGCGGUGAGGAUGGGCCUGCGGGGCAGCGUGCGGCUGCUGGCCGAGUACGAGGCGGCCCAGGCCCGCCUGCGGGUGCGCCUGCUGGCCGCCGAGGGCCUCUACGACCGGCUCUGCGACGCGCGCAGCAUCAACUGCUGCGUGGGCCUCUGCCUCGUGCCCGGGAAGCUGCAGAAACAACGCAGCACCGUCAUCAAGAACAGCCGCCACCCGGUCUUCAACGAAGACUUCUUCUUCGACGGCCUGGGCCCCGCCAGCGUGCGCAAGCUGGCUCUCAGGAUCAAGGUGGUCAACAAAGGCAGCAGCCUCAAGCGAGACACCCUGCUGGGGGAGAAGGAGCUGCCCCUGACCGCGCUGCUCCCCUUCUUGUGAAAGCCCCCU